AUGCUUGUGAAGAUGCCCCGAAGUCUUUGCUAUUGUUAUUAUUCAAUUGGCUUGUCAACUGGCACACUGCGUCAGCGAAGCGUGACUGGAAUGGGAUCAUCGCAGAGUGCCGAUGGAGGAAACGUCAAAGAGCUCAAGGUAGUUGUGGUUGGCAUGCCUAAUGCUGGUGCCAAGUCCUUGGUAGCUCGAUGGACUACGGAUGCAUGGCUGGAGAAGCCAGAAAAAAACGAUCCAGGCUGGCAGCCUCUCAUGAGGCCCUUUGACAAGACCCAGCUCCACUUGCUGGCAGUGGGCUCCACGGUCGGUCUUUGGCAAGAGCAUAUUUCUACUGCUGACGUCCUGGUCUUUGUGGUUGAUGGCAGCGAUGAAUUUGAUGAGGCCGCAUUCAGCGAGUCCUUCAACAAGGCUGCUUUUGCUCUCAAAGAAGAAGCACCUGUGGUGAUCUUGGUGAACAAGGUAGAUGCAGAUCCAGAUGAUGACAGCAAAGAAGCUGCAAUGCGUGUGGCAGACAGCCCUGGUUCAGCCGUCCAAGCAAAAUGCAGUGCGGCAGUUGCUUCGUGUGCAGUUUCGCAGUCUGUCCGCCAAUGCAAGGCUUUAUUGAGCAGUGCCAAAAGCGGAUUCGGAUGUGAGGAGGCGAUCAGGGCCAUUUGCGGAGUGAGGCUAGUAUUCUGA